CUCGCCCACCACCGGGACCCUUAUAAGGACGCGGCGACACUUAUAGCAGCAGCCGCCGCACGCAGGAGCUGCGGCGGCGGCCCUGCCUGCCGCGGGUCCCGCCGCUAAGCUGCGCGCGCGAGUGCGGCUGACGCUUUGCCGCACGGCUGCCCCGAGGCGCUGCCGUAGCAGCCGCUGCUCCUUCGGCGCUCGGCCGCUGCCACCGCCCUGGGACACAGACCCGCAGCAGCCGGAGCUUUUUUUAGGAAGAGCGAGGAAGACGGCGGACCGCGUUUCGCCAGGCCGACGUCGUCAUCUCCCACCGCCGCUUGAGAGAGGAGUUGCGUGUCCUCUUCUCUGCAUCCCGCAGGCGCCUCCGCAUCAUCUCGUCGACUCUGCGGCUGCCGAUUGUACGUUCGACAGACCGAUGUGACUUGUGAUCGCGCCGUGUGGCUAUUACUUUCUUUCUUUUCUUUUUUUUUUACUUUUUGCUUCUGCAAGCUCUUCCUCCGUUUCCUCGAGGCUGGGAUCUUCCACCGUGUGCUGCCACACCGAAGAACUUGAGCUAUUCGUAACGUGUCUGUGACUCGUGCGAGGUGCUUUAUUUAAGACUGCUGAGCCGUGCGAGGUGCGCGUGUGAGUCAACCGUGUUGCCAGCCCGGGCCAGCCAGCGACGCCUGCGUCGUUGUCGGUUCUUCGGCUUAUAUCUUCAUCGGGAGUAUACGCCAUCGAAUUUCUUCGCACCGUGCCUUUCGAACGUGCUUGCGAGACGCAGCAAUUCCCUUUCUUUUCUAACUUUCUUAUAUUUUUUUACGUGCCCUUUUCUGCACCGAGUGCCUCAUUUUUGCGACCUACGUCCACUGCUCACAACUUUUUCUCUUUCCUUUUAUGUGUGUUUGUGUUCAAGCGUUUGGUGUGAGUGUGUGAGUGUACCGCUGCCGUCCUCGGAUACCGCCUCGCAGAGAGUCUUUCGUGUCUGGAAAGAAAACCGUGCGUCUCCUUGGCGAGGUUCUCCCUCUCCCUACUCUUCUCUGAGACACGGUCGCCGCGUUGCGCUUCCUACUUCAUUUAAAGUGGUGCCAUUUUGCGACAGAGCUCUGCUGCGUGUCGUUGUUUCUGCCGUGUCAAGUGCACUUAUUCUCGCCCCCAUGAAUUCAAACGCUAAGCGCCCGACAACGACCUCAACGCUGGUGGCGAAAGCGAAUGCUGGACCGUGCGACUUGGAGGAUGCGCUGCUACGCCGGCCUGCCGCGGCGCUUGCGAGAAGCCUCGUGAUGGCAUAAGAUAGAAAGCAGAGAAAGUAAGAAGGAGAUUAUGCUGAGCUAUGCGUGCUGCCAAUACGUGGUGACGAGAGUGACCCUGUACCACAGCGCAUUGGUGGACUUGUCUCGAAGUCGUUCGGUGCACGCGGUCGAACACGAACCCUGCUGUCCGGAUCCGCAGUUUAUAUCGGCGAACGAUUGCAAAGCCGUGCACUACGGUGUGUGCUCGCCCUUGCUAAAGCUUCCAUCGUUCUCGGUGAGGCCGGCUUCGCCCGCCAUCAUCAUGGCGCCGCAGCCUCCGAGGCCCCAGUCGGCAACAUCUACGGCAACGGACUUGAGUAUAGACGGGCUGGAUCCCGUCCAACUCUUGGCCGUUGAUUUGGAAGGCAAGCUCGAAGCGCUGGUCAACUCUUUCGUCGCUCAGGACAAAGUGAAAACCGCUGCCAGGAAGUCCAAGACAGCCAUGGCUUCCUCCCAGGCUUCGGCCGCUAAGAAGCUGGCUUCGAACCAGUCUUCCGGAGGAGCUGGCACUUCGAGCGUUGUGCCGUCGUCGUACGGAGGGAAGCAAGAGUCAAAACCUUCCGUGAAAGACGACUUGACUAAAAAGCGACUCAAAAGCGCUGAUCCAGAAGCGAAGACAGCGAGCAAGACGAACAACGACAAAUUGGCCAGCGACGCUGCGCCCAGAAAAGUCGGCACUGUCCUGGUGACAUCGGGUACAGGAGUGACUACUAAAAAGGACGUAACCGCUCGCGUCACGUCUGCAGGAACUAAGACACCAGUGACAGAUGCGCCCACUUCGAAAGAUCUUACGUCCAAUCUGAAGACCUCAAAAUUGACUCCCGCUUACAAUUCGCACGAGAGCGAUGCGGCUAAAAUGAGAGCCGACAAGCCGACCUCGAAGACGAGGUCUCUUCUCACAGUAGAUGGACACGAACACAGCCCUUCUUCAGACGCUUCAACAGACAGCGAGAAAACUGAGAAAUCGCCUUCUCCAACUCCUGGCAGUCAGAGAAAGGUGUUCAAGCUGUCACCACCGAGCGUCAUAUCUCUAGUCACUGGAGCUCCUAAACCUUCGACGCCUCCGCCCCCUACCUUCAGCGCCACGUAUGUUCCAGCCGUGACGCCCUCGAAAUCGACAACAACAGCGGCGGCUGACAAUGUGACAGUGCGAGACUCACCAUCUUUGAAAGCGUCUCCUGUGAAGGACAGUGCUAAGGAAACCUCUGCCAGGCUUUCGAGCCAACCCAGCGGCCCCAAAGAGCCCAGCCCUAAGGCUUCUAGUCAUCAGCCGUCUAAGGCGGCAAAAUCGGACAGUGGCAGUGUUUCCAAAGAAAGAAAGACGGCGCAAUCUCCAUCUUCGCCGACCCCUAAGCCUGUGAUCGCCGUGAAGCCUGUUAGCGGCAACAGGAAUGCGUCUGCGGCCACCUCCGCGGCCAUGGAUUUCGCCAAGUCUCGGUUCCAGGGUCUCCCCGAACCAAAACAAUUCGAGGAACUUUUCAAGCAGAAGCCCUGCAGGAACGGCCACGUGGUGAACGAUGCCAAGAGCCGCUGGGAGUCGUUGACCUCUCCGAGCUCUACGGCGGAACAGCUGUGGCCCAACAGCGUCGAGAGCAGCAGGAGCAGCAGCGCUCCCGUCGCGAUCCCUGGAAGCAAUGGCAAUCACGACCUGCAAGCGCCUGAUUUGGACUCGCCGCUGUCGACCUCCCCGAGGCGACUAAACUCGCCGGAGGCGCUGUUCCUGGAGGCCAGUUCACCGCCAAGCAUCCCGCACCCGCGGCUCACGUCAUCGCAGAAGCAGCACAUCCGCGAACGCUCGCUGUCACCCACCGAGCGCGUUCACAUGCACGUGCCCGUGCGCCCUUUUCUGACCAAGGGUUCGGUGGCCGAGCGCGUGUUGCUCUUCGAGCGUUGCCCGGAGCGCGCCGGCCUGGAGCGCACGCCUGCGCCGGCUAAGGCCAGCAAGCAGACUGUGUACAACGCCUGGAAACAACACCACGGCGCAGCGGACGCCCACUCUGGAUCACAGAGCCAGCACGAGAAGGCAUUCGUGGAGUCCCAGACGGCCUCGCUUAAGCGGGUGGUGCGCUCGUCGACCAAGCAGGCGAGCUGCAUACCACGCUUCUACUACCCGGCCGGCAAGCCCAUGACGCCCACGCAGCUGGACGCCCACCUGCUCAAGGUCAAGGCGGCCUUCGCCAGCCUCAGGGAUGGACGGGCCACCAGGACCAACUUCAGCGCUAUCAUCAGGGCGUGCGGUGUGCCUCUCUACUGGAAGAUGCCGCUGUUCGCAGCCUGCGGGGGAGAGGCCCGCAGUUACGUCACCAGUGACGUGUUCAUCGAUUUCUGGAAGAGGAUAGUGUCCACUGGUCGCGACGAACCGACGUGGUUCGUCAAGAUCCUCAGCAAAGCCACCAGGAACUACCUGGUGCCCGAGGACUUUAUUCCCAUGAUGCAGGACGUGAUAGACACCCAUCCGGGACUCACAUUUCUCAAGGAAGCCGUGGAGUUCCACUCGAGGUAUAUUAAUACGGUAAUUGCUAGGAUAUUCUACUGUGUAAAUAGAUCGUGGAGUGGCAGGAUCACCAUUCCCGAACUCAGGAAAAGCAACUUCUUACAGGUACUGUCCUUGCUGGAGGAGGAGGAGGACAUCAACCAGAUCACCGAGUACUUCUCGUACGAGCACUUCUACGUCAUCUACUGCAAGUUCUGGGAGCUGGACAAGGACCACGACCUGUACAUCGACCGGUACGACCUGUCCAGGCACAACGAAGGAGCCAUCUCUAUGCGGAUGAUCGACAGGAUCUUCUCCGGCGCCGUGACGCGGGGUGCCGUUCAGAAAGAAGGGAAGAUGAGCUACAGCGAGUUCGUCUGGUUCAUCAUGUCCGAAGAAGACAAACGGCAUCCGAGGAGCAUCGAGUACUGGUUCCGAUGCAUGGACAUUGACGGCGACGGGUAUCUAUCGAUGUACGAGCUGGAGUAUUUCUACGAGGAGCAGCUCACACGCAUGGAAGCGCUGGGCAUCGAGACCCUGCCCUUCAGCGACUGCCUCUGUCAGAUGUUGGACAUGGUGCAGCCCAAGCAAAAGGGCAAGGUGUCGCUGGCCGAUCUGAAGAGGUGCAAGAUGACGCCCAUCUUCUUCGACACCUUCUUCAACCUCGAGAAGUACCUGGACCACGAACAGCGUGACCCCUUCGCCUCGCGGGACCAUGACGGAGACGGAAUGGAGAUUUCCGAUUGGGACCGGUAUGCUGCCGACGAGUACGAGCUUCUGGUGGCCGAAGAAGGGAACUUCGAAAAUCACGAACUCCUGUACAGCGACUACGACCCGGACGACGACAACCUGUCUCCGAACCUAGAGAAGCUCGCGGCGCCGCUGCGCUGCCGGACGGGCCGUCAGGGACGCCUGGACGACGACGAGUACGACUAUGCGGAGUCGGACACCGACUACCACUACUGAGACUACGCAUACGUAUACUCCAACCGACAAGAGUGACGGAACUGAAACAGCGUCUACCGAUGCGGUGCACGCGGACUGCAUCCUCUUCAAGAGAACUCCCGUAUGACUCAGACGCGUACAGUCCAACGGACUCGACAGUUUGGACGCGGACUCUUAUGCGUGCCUCACACUGUGUGAUCUAAAUGAUUCCACGGCAGGGCUGUUGCACUUCGCCGAAGUUAUGCAGGAAAACUAUGCACAAAGUCGCUAUUUCUAAUUGUCGCGCUUCGAGGAAGGUCGCGUUCGCAGUUUUUCCUGGACAACCAUGGAAUGCCAAAAAAACGCGAAUCAUUGACCACAAGUCACGCCGAAAGCACGUAUGUGCUUUCAUCCAAGCCCUACCAGGUCCGAUUCGCGACCAAGCUUCGGAAGACACCUCGGAAGAGAUGUUGAAGUUUAGCGAGAAGUCCAGCACGCCCUGUCUCACUUGUCCUCUGUACAUGCUCUCCUGCUGGACGUCCCUUUUCGUACAUCCGUCCAAGUUAAUUUAACCGUUUUGUGGAGCGCCGAAGGCGAAGCCGCAGGAAUGGGGGAAGCCCUCUUGCUUGUUUGGAUGCUGGCCACUGCGAGAUCUCUCUGGAACUUCGAUGCGAGCAAAGAACAACACACGCUGCCAAAGAAUACCAUCCCUUCCACAAGAGAACCAGCUGAGGGCCAUCGUGAGCCAUCGCCCGUGGCGUGCGCCCAGUGUGCCGAGGACAUAUGAAACGUUUCUUUUUCUUUUGCGAUGAUCUUGCACGUGCCUCGACUUGUUUUAACCUGCAUCGACGAAGGCCUGGCGCCAGUCUCUACAUAAGGCACAGUGCUUGAUGCUACAGAACACACCCUUUUUUUACGUGAAUCUUUUUGAUCGUGUGCAAGUGGACACAGAUCGAGCACGCCCCUCUAAUGAUCUUGUCGUCAGAUCAGUCGUGCCCGGUUGACUGCACUCACGUCGCAUCGAGGUUUCAGUGUAUCCACAGUGAUCGCUUAUAUUCAUUGGAAGAUCUUCGACGUCCAUCGGCUCGCUGAUGCUUCAAGAUGUGUCGUUCACGGAUCGCGGCUUUUGUGCGUGUGGUGCCUUUGAGAUUUCAGUGCUACAGGUGAUGGUUUCUUUGUGUACGGAUAGGUGGUCAGUGGUCACGUAAUGCUCUACGUCCUGGUAGACGUUUCGAACAUCUGACGUGAACGAAUGGGGCAAGCUGGAAAGCAGGGCACUUUCUAACCAAGGAUUAAGGUUUCGCACUGUGCGCCGCGGAACGAUCCUUGUCUCAUAUUUUGUCAGUGCAAGGACUCACUGAUUAGUCUCGAGUGACUGUGCAAGUCACGCGGGCGUUGUCGCUACAUGGCGGCCGAUGCGCCUGUUCAUGCCCCGCUAUCUGAUAAGCGACUUGGAACCGCUGAUUAUGUAUCGGGGCCGCUGUAGAUAACGCCUGUCUUUUUAUUGUUGUGUCACCCGAGUAAGCGCUUUUGUGACGCGUCGUCGCGCAGUUUUUGGUGUUUCUCUUUUGUUUGUUUGAGAUUUAUUGCGGGAAAUGUCUGUUCUGUAGUUUGUCGAGAGGCCGUUCAGUCUCCUUAUCUUGAUUUCAUAUAUAUAUCUCACUUUCUCUUGCCAUGUGCAAAGUCAUGCUGUCCUGGGGUGUGCAAAUGGUCACUUAUGUGUAGAAUAUAUUUGAUAUAUUCCCCUUGUUUUGGGGGACUGCUUCGGGGGACUGCAACAGAGUGGGCAGAAUGGUUACACUGGUAAUCUAUUACGACUAUAUUUAUUGUUACUGUUAUGGUAGAUAUAUAAAAGGUUGUGCAAAUAUAUAUGCGUGUCUGGAGAAAUGUUGUGGAGGUUUUUUAGAAGAAACUGGGAAAGAGGGUGAAAAUGAAUAGUCUGACGCAUAGUGAAAAAAAUAUAUGCCGGCUUUAUAUAUUUUGUGCGGAGAAAGGCUUGAAUGCUGGUGAUAGAAACAUUCGCCUUAAAAAAAAAUACGGCUAUACAUGUAAGUGCCAAAAACACGCACCAGUUCAAGCACAACUGUUCUUUAAACUGAUGGCUGGCUAAGUCUUGAAAACGCGACGUAUAGCGGGUGUACAUUGUUUUUUUUUUUCGGGGGGGGGGGGGGUGUAGUUCCUGUCAUUUCUAAGUUUAGAAUAUAUAAGGAUAUAUAUAUAAGGUACAGGAUAAAUAAGGUAUGGGGAUAUUAGGCAUGCUGUGGUGCAUGUGCGACCCUCUCCCAGUUUUCCGCGUAACGAUAUCCAAGGCCGAUAUGAAGGUUCCACGACGAUUCCACGAACGAGUCUUUACGCUCUGUUUCACUCACGUUGAAGAUUUUGCAAGCCGUAUAUGAUGUAAGCAAACACUCGUGUCGAGUGUGUUCGGUGGACAAUGGGCAGGCGGUGCAUGUAAACUCCCUGCCAAAGAAAGAAUGUCAUCUACUUAUAGUUCUUUGCAUCGUUCCAGUGUUAGGAUUCAGCGCAUCUUAUUCGCACGGUGUAAUUCGUCGAAAGUGUAUAUAGGUCUCUUUGCGCCGCCUUCAUUCGGGUCUGCAUGUAAAUUUUAUGAAGAGGUAUUGCGAAUCUUGACUUUGCCCUCUUGGAGAUCUGUCGGAUUUUGGGCCUAAUCAAACUCGGAGCUGGAGUGGCCCGAGCUUCUGAGCUUCGAAGCUUUGAUCGUUUUUCUUUUUUUUUUUGUAUUUUACAGCGUCGUUUUAGAGGCACGAAAGCGCAUUUUCAGGUCACAGAAACCGUACAGAAAUACAAAAAAAAACUUUUUUCUAGGAACGCGUUACCAGGAGCGUAAAAAAGGGCUAAUGUCGAGGGCUUUUCUUCAGCGUCUGACUAUCGCACAGUUAUAUUGUAAAAUAACAGACGUGUGACAUACGUACUAGUCCACGCAUUGCAUGAGCCAAAAUAAAGCGCCACCGAACUCGAAACAAGGAAAGUGCAGACAUCAUUUUGCCAGACCACGGACCUAUUCGCCCCGAUUUUCGUUGGAGAGCUGGUAACCCUGCCUGUGAUGCUAUGGAAGACAGUGUGUUCAAGAAGGGACGUUUAUAGGUGGCGCCACUGUUGCUCGCAUUUAAUUGAGAACUGUAUACACGGUCUCAUCGCCAUCGUUCAGAUCACACGCUCAUUGCGCAGCAGCAUGAAUCUUGUCGCAUAAUGAUCACGUGUGACACCGUAUCACACUACCACCUGCCGCUAACGAGCUCUUAAGUCAGAACGCCAGCUGUACACCAGACUGGACGCACAGCCGCAUGGUGGCGCCGCAGUCGCUGAGACUGGGACUAUAUCGAACAGACGUCUGAGCCUCUAAAGACUUGUGAGAGCUGAAUGUAAAUGUCCAGUCCGGCCCAGCUAGCGAGGUGACCUGAGGGACUGUUGCGCCGUGUAUUCAUGCCUGCUUGUCGUCCAGAGUUGAAGAAAGUCUGCAGCAUGCAUGUCGUUGAGUCCUUACGUAACUCUAAAGCCGGCGCGUGAUGUGCUCAGUCAGCGCGUUAUGCUGCCUGGUCUUUCCUCUCUAGUCGCUUAUAGACCAAAGGUUACGCCAUCAGAAAUAGCUUACAGGAGCUUAUGCAGGAUAACAAUGUAAUGAAAAACUGACACAGUUUGUAUAGUUGCUCUUGAACAUGUAAAAGGUGGACUUCCUGACCUCACCUGGAUAGACUGCGUCAGUCCGGCCUCCAAUGCUCUGUUUGGCAGUAUAAACUAAAGUCACAAUCACCUGCUGAAAUGGCGUUUGGCAGUAACCCUACUCUAACCCAACUCAAAGAAAGGAAGCAGCAAACUGGGCAUGGUGGCCCUGACGUAUUACAACCAAUAGGUCGAUUUUAUGAAGAACUCGACAGGUGGUUUCAAUGCGAUCCAUUAGUGUAAGUCUCAGAGCUGCCAAUCGUUGAUCCUGUUGAUCCUUGAAGCUUUUCGAUCGUACGCGAAUGAUGCGUUUUCGUUGAAAACAUCUUUCUGUAGAUAGUCGAAUACGCAAUGUUUCGCUCACAUCUGUUACCAGAACUCAGCUGUUAGACCCCGUUCAUCUGAAAUGAACGCGAAGCUGAAGUGUUUACCCUCAAAAUGGUGUACGUGCUAAUACAGCAUGGACAUAGCUUCGCUUCCCCGCCAUUAUUAUUCGCGAGCUGUUAUCAUCCAUAGCCCAUUCUACGCAUUGCACUUUUUGUUUAUGUUUAGUUGCCGCAGUUUUGUGUAUCUAUGUUCACGUUAUUUAUACACCGCCUUGGUUCUACAAACUGUUUGCAUUUUUUUUAAAUUCUCGUUGCCUACCGUUACACUAAUUGGCGAGAGCGCAAACGGCCUUGAUAUAAUAAAUAAGGACAAUAGUUUAGACACUAUAAGUGCUGCGAAUUCAGAAUUCAGAAUCUCACUGGUUGGUCUACAUUAUGCGGGGCUUGUGAAAGCAAACUUCAAUAUUAUUAAAACUUUGUUUGUUGAUCUUAUUUUAUUUCCUCUCUCUCGCUUAAAUGCAUACAGUAUACAUUUCUGACGCGAGAAACCAACUUUAGAGCGGGAAGUUUUAAUCAAUGCCCUAUAUUGUACUAUUUUCUAUAUUACACUUUAUUUAUUGUUCAUAGAAGGAAAAAUUGGUCGAAUGGAAAAAAAUAUAUUGCAAUGGUUGUAAUGCCCCCGACUCCUACGUCAGUAAUCCGCAUUUGCAAAGCGGGCUUAAAUCGUAGCACGUUUGAAAGUGCGCACGCGCUGCGGAGACGAGCUCGCGAUACGGGACGCUCUCGUGCACAGUUUCCGAACGUUCGAAACUCGUGCGGCAAGUUAUUUACUAUUUAUUUGACAGCUAUAGUUUCCUUUUAUAUACAAAACCCACGAACCAUCACUGUUAUACAUGACACCGCUGUCUACGCGCGUUUACGAUGAUUUUCAAAAGCCUCACGGCGACGCCGACGGCGACGGCAAAAAUACGCCUGGACUGUCCGUGCAGUUGCUAUCGCAAUAAGAAGUGAAGCUAACGUGUUCUCACUGUAAGUACAAGUUACGCAUAUAUGCUGCAAAGCGCGCAGUUAUGGUUUUAAUUUAUUAGAAAUAGCCUGACAGCAACCAUUUCUCUCAUGACACCCUAGCUGAGUGGUACAUAGUCACUAAAAUGCUAUAAUUGAGAGAAAAAGAUAUCCUGCUGCACUUUCUAAACUCCAAUUGGAUCUUACCUCUAGCGUUGAUGCGCUCGGGAUAAGAUAAGCGGUGUUUAGUGCGUGGAUUGUGGACUUGUUACAUCAGCCGAGUGCUGGGCCUUGUUACACGAAAUCUGUAUACGCUUACUUAGUUUGUAUAGAGUCGUUUACCUGUUGUUUCUCCCCGUUUUUUUUUAGUUUUUUUUGUAAAUAAAACAAGAAUAUGCACACGCGCAUACCGAGUUGGUUGGUUGGUCAAACUUUAUUAAACUGUCAUGAGAGACGCGACUGAGGGACAUAUUUUUUUUAACGCACGCGUUGUUCUUUCUUUUAUUUGCUGUUGCUCCUUCCCUACAACGCAUCGCGCGCGAGCGUAGUUGUAUUUGUUUCUUUGUGUCUCUACUGCGAAUAUGUGUCCACCUAAUGAGUUGACUUUCCUUUAUAUACACACCACACGUCACUUUCGAAGAGUGCCCGCCGCGUAUACGUUAUACAAUCACUCCAGUGAUACAUAAACAAGAGGCCUCUCGAAUCGUUGAGUACGCGGCUGUUUAUAUCUUCUGCCCCCACAACCCUCCCUUCUUUUCACGCCUUUUUUUCCUGUUUUGUCUUCUAUACCUGUUGUUCUGUUAGUGACGUGCGAAGAGAGUUUCUGAAAUAAAAGACAGAAGACCUGAUUCAUUUUUGCGA